CACCGUGUGUUUCCCCCUCUACCUCCUAUCUUGCGCGGAGCUCCGCACGUCUGUCGGGACUACAGACAUACAUACACAUAGAGCCAUGGCCGAAAACGCCGGCUUGGAAAAUCACCGCAUUAAAAGCUUUAAAAACAAGGGGCGAGAUGUGGAGACGAUGCGAAGACAUCGCAAUGAAGUGACGGUAGAACUGAGAAAGAACAAAAGAGACGAGCAUCUCCUGAAAAAACGAAAUGUUCCGCAGGAAGAGAGUCUGGAAGACUCGGAUGUGGACUCUGACUUUAAAGGGCAAAAUGUAACGCUAGAUGCUAUUUUACAGAACGCCACCAGUGACAAUGCAGUAGUGCAGCUCAGUGCUGUGCAAGCAGCCAGAAAAUUACUCUCGAGUGACAGAAACCCCCCCAUAGAUGACUUGAUAAAAUGUGGAAUCCUUCCAAUCUUAGUCAAAUGCCUGGAGAGUGAUGACAAUCCUUCAUUGCAGUUUGAAGCUGCAUGGGCUCUGACUAACAUUGCAUCAGGGACGUCUGCGCAGACACAGGCAGUGGUCAAAUCAAAUGCUGUCCCUUUGUUUUUGAGACUUUUACACUCUCCUCAUCAGAAUGUGUGUGAGCAGGCCGUGUGGGCGCUGGGCAACAUCAUCGGUGAUGGUCCUCAGUGUCGAGAUUACGUCAUCUCACUCGGCGUGGUCAAGCCUCUCUUGUCGUUUAUUAAUCCUUCCAUUCCCAUAACCUUCCUGAGGAACGUUACCUGGGUCAUUGUCAACCUGUGCCGGAACAAAGACCCCCCACCCAUGGAAACAGUACAAGAGAUUCUUCCUGCCCUUUGUGUACUCAUAUAUCACACAGAUAUAAAUAUUCUGGUAGACACAGUUUGGGCUCUGUCGUAUCUGACAGACGGAGGUAACGAGCAGAUUCAGAUGGUUAUAGACUCGGGUGUUGUCCCAUUCCUUGUCCCACUGCUCAGCCACCAAGAGGUCAAAGUUCAGACCGCGGCACUGAGAGCGGUGGGGAACAUUGUAACAGGGACGGAUGAGCAGACUCAGAUAGUGCUCAACUGUGAUGUCCUCUCUCACUUUCCUAACCUGCUCUCACACCCCAAAGAGAAGAUCAACAAGGAGGCAGUGUGGUUCCUGUCCAAUAUAACAGCAGGUAACCAGCAGCAGGUGCAGGCAGUAAUAGAUGCUGGUCUCAUACCCAUGAUCAUUCACCAGCUGGCCAAGGGUGAUUUUGGAACGCAGAAGGAGGCUGCGUGGGCCAUCAGUAACUUGACAAUAAGUGGAAGAAAGGAUCAGGUGGAGUACCUGGUGCAACAAAAUGUGAUCCCGCCCUUCUGCAGCCUGCUGUCAGUGAAAGACUCUCAGGUGGUCCAGGUGGUCCUUGAUGGUUUGAAAAACAUCCUUAUCAUGGCUGGAGAAGAAGCCAGCACAAUUGCUGAGAUCAUUGAAGAGUGUGGGGGAUUGGAAAAAAUUGAGAACCUACAGCAGCAUGAAAAUGAGGACAUCUAUAAACUUGCAUUUGAAAUCAUCGAUCAGUACUUUUCAGGAGAUGAUAUUGAUGAGGACCCUAAUCUGAUUCCUGAGGCUACCCAAGGAGGCACAUUUAACUUCGAUCCAGCCUCCAACCUACAAACUAAGGAGUUCAAGUUCUAGACAAACAGUGCUUUGAACUUAGGAAUGGUGGAUUUCCCAGCUGCUCCUCAACCCCCCGCCACCUGCUGAACCAUCACCUACCAACCACUCACUAACCAGACAAACCAAUCACCAUGCUCUGAAACUAUACUCACAGGAGAAAAUAGCACUGAGGGAUUUGAGUACCUAUCUGAAUCGCCACUCAAAACAAUUGAUGGAUCUCAACAACCUUAAGACACAGAAGUGGAAAAGAAGUACAUGACUUGUUCAUUAUACUGCAGUUGCCACAAAAAAAAACAACAAAAAAAAAACAGAAAAACAACAACAAAAAAAAAUAUAUAUAUAUAUUUUGCUCUUUCUUUCUUUCACUCACUUGCACUCAUAGGUGAGCAUGAACAUAAAUAGGAACUUCUUCUCUUGUUUUACCAGCCAUCAUAUCAGCCAAGGAAGAAGACGGAGAAUCCUGAAAUUUAAAGGCAGGGAUUUUUCUUUUGCUUUCCAGUAAAUUUCUUUCCCUCAAAACAUUGUUUCUGGUGAUGGUCUUAGAGUCUCAGACAGACAUCUAACUCAACACGUCCAGCCUCUACUGUGUUAUGCCAUCGGACCCCCCCUCCCAAUUCAUCUGAAGUCUAUGAUCAAGCCUAUAAUGGGUUAUUCCAUGGAAUCUUAUUCAAAUAGGUGAGAAGGGUGUCUCUAAAAUUGUGGUGUGCAAACAGAACUGGAACCACAGCCACCAAUUCUUGCUUUUUCUCAAUAAAUCCUGAAAUUAUGGAUAUUUUCGAAACACUGAAGAUUAUGAAGCAAAAAAAUCACGUAUGCGGACUACAUAGAAAACUUUAUGAAACAAAGUUUGAACAGAGAAGAUGUAAUCUGAGACAGUCAAGCACCAUUAAUUACAAAGUUCUGCAGCGAUUGUGUAGUGGACAUUCAUUGUGCUGAUCUUUUUGGUUUGCAAUGGGAGUAUCAGACAUUUCAAAGGAGGAAACCUAUGUGAUAUAAUCAUCGUCAAUUCGGCCAGGACUUUUAAAGGGCCGCCCGCCCCAGCCUUUGGAAGUCCUUUAUGAUACCCUAACAGGUCUUCUGCUCAAGAAGGGUGCUCUGGCAGCGCUCUUAUGUUUGGAUUCAUCUUUGCUACUUCCUUUCUGGAACCAUAGUAAUAAGUUCGUAGGAAUAACCUAAAUUGUAACCAGUCUGAAGACAUUUUCACUAAAUCAGUACAUUUCAACACUCUAGUCAAAAACAUAAGAAACUUUGCAACAGUGAUUGGAUUGUGAAUUCUUUUUUUUUUUUUAAUCAGUGGAGCUUCCGCUUUGGCAGUUUUUUUCAGUCUUACUAGCACAUUUUUGGGUUUUCCCAUUUUAUUGCUUUAAGUUUGUGGAGAGUGACGUCCACUUAAUUUUGACUAUACAAGCAAUGGGAAAAGGAAAUCCAUGACGUUGCAGUUCCUUGUUUGUGUUGUUGGUUAUAAUCUCAUUUGCUACAAAACCUAACUGUACCAACUAAAAAUACAAGUAUAUUUUUUUGUGUAGGUAUAUAAUAAGAAGCUACCACAUUUAGAUCCACUAGACAUUGUUGGGAUGCCACAGAACAAUAAUAACAUUGUGAUUAUCGAUUUACAGCCAAUAGGGGUAACCUUUAUUUUAUUUUUGGUUUAAACCUUUGUUUUAGUUUUUAAUGGAAAUUGAUUGCCAUUAUUUGGAAAAUGGGCUUUCUUACUGUUGUGACUGGACAAUUUUUUUUUUUUUUUUUUUUCCAUUGCAUCAACUUGUAAAGGUGUAUGGGAAAAUACAUUUGGACUAAAAUAGUUGUGUUUGGGCUACAAACUGCGGAUAAAGAUGCUAAGGAAGCUACAAGCAGCCCUGAUGAUUUUUGAAAAAGCCAUUUGUUGAGCAAGAAGAGAUGAAAAAACAAGUUUGAAUUUCAAAAACGUAUCUAGACGCCUAGAAAUCGAGCCACUUUAAAGAAGUUUUGUCUUGUAUCAGAAAUGGAUACAAGCUUAUUGCUUGUUGCAAGAUUUUUACUUGCUGAAAAAAAAUAAUAAUCUAAAAAUUAGCAACAGAUCGCAUUUUGGCCUCUGAUUGUUUGUAUGUUUUUAUAAAUUUUAGAACUGAAUUACUCUUUAAGGUGGCUCAUCAGUAUUUUUUUUUUUCAACUCUUGUGCAUAUUAAAGAUAAAGAAUGAGUUGAAAUUCAUUGUGCCUUUUUGUUUUUCAUUUCAAAGCAACUAAAAAAAGGUUCAUAAUACCUACCACGUUGCAUUGGAGCUGCUUAUAACAUGGGGUCCUUUGGGUGUCAUGUCUGCCUAUCUCUGGACUUUACGAUGAGACGCACUCUGGAGUAGAUUGUUCUACUUAAAUUCUCUUCUAGUCUGUUGACUGACUUGUAAUUUAUCUCUAACUUCCAUUCUGCGCCCUUCACAUUCUUCUCAUAUGGAUCACAAUUGACCACUACCCCCCACACCUCUCUAUGGCAACACAUUUUUCUCAUCACUCCCUCAGGACGUGCUUUAUGUAUCAAUUAACCUAACCAAAAUAAACUUGCUGUUAGCCAUCCUUUUUAUUGCUCUCUUAUGAUUGACCUUCUGAUCAUUUUUGUCUCUUUUACUCUUUUACCUGUUAGUCUUUCCUCCUCCGCUUUGUCCUUUCAAUUUGGGUCUUUCUUUUCGGAAGUCCCUUUCUCUCUCUAAUCUGUGCAAUAGUGUUUUUUCUCAUGCUGUCUUUAGUUUGUGUAGAGAGAGACUGGUGUUAAAUGGCACUUAAGUAGCCACACACAACCUGUUUUCACACAAAGUCCUUCACCUAUACCAUAAAGUGAGGUCUGUCUGUCUGUCCAUCUACCUACCUACAGUGCAUUUAGAAAGUAUUCAGACCCCUUUUCACAAUUUGUUGUAGCAGUCUGAUGCUAAAAUGCUAUAAUUUAUUAUUUUUAUCCACAUCAGUCUACUCUCCAUUACUCCAUAAUGACAAAGCAAAAAACUGAUUUUUGAUAACUUUGCAAAUGUAUUAAAAAGAAACACUUAAAUAUCACAUUGACAAGUAUUCAGACCUUUUGCUAUAUACUUGAAAUUUAGCUCAGGUGCAUCCCAUUUCUCUGGAUUAUCUUUGAGAUGUUUCUACACUUUUAUUGGAGUUCACUUGUGGCUAAUUCAAUUGAUUGGACAUGAUUUGGAAAGGCACACACCUGUCUCUAUAUAAGGUCUCACAGCUAAAAAUGCAUAUCAGAGCAAAAACCAAGCCAUGGGGUCAAAGGAACUACCUGCAGAGCUCAAAGACAUGAUUGUGUUGAAGCGCAGAUCUGGGGAAGGCUACAAAAAUAUUUGGCUGUAUUUAAGGUUCCCAAGAGCACAGUAGCCUCUAUAAUUCUUAAAUGGAAGAAGUUUGGACCAACCAGGACUCUUCCUAGAGCUGGGUGUCAGGCCAAACUGAGCAAUUGGGGGAGAAGGGCCUUGAUAAGAGAGAUGACCAAGAACCUGAUGGACACUCCGGUUAAGCUCCAGAGAUCAUGUGUGGAGAUGGGAGAAACUUGCAGAAGCCAUCACUGCAACACUCCACUGAUCUGGGCUUUAUGGCAGAGUGGCCAGACAAAAGCCUUUCCUCAGUGUUUGGCCUCAAUUGCAAGCAUCAUGUCUGGAGGAAACCAGGCAUCGCUCAUCACCUGUGCAGUACCAUCCCAACGGUGAAGCAUAGGAGUGGCAGCAUCAUGUUGUGGUUGUGCUUUGCUGCAUUAGGGAUUGGUGCACUUCACAAAAUAGAUUGCAUCAUGAGGAAGGACAAUUAUGUGGAUUUAUUGAAGCAACAUCUCAAGACAUCAGCCAGGAAUUUAAAGCUUGGUUACAAAUGGGUCUUCCAAAUGAAUAAUGACCCAAAGCAUACCUCCAAAUUUGUGUCAAAAUGGCUUAAGGACAACAAAGUCAAGGUAUUGGAGUGGCCAUCACAAAGCCCUGACCUCAGUCCGAUAGGAAAGUUGUGGGCAGAAUUGAAAAAGUGUGUGUGAGCAAGGAGGCCUACAAACUUGACUCCGUUACACCUGUUCUGUCUGGAGGAUUGGGCCAAAAUUACAACAACCUAUUGUGAGAAGCUUGUGGAAGAUUACCCACAACAUUUGACCCAAGUUAAACAAUUUAAAGGCAAUGCUACCAAAUACUAACAAAGUGUAUGUAAAUUUCUGACCCACUGCGAAUAUGAUGAAAGAAUAAAA